GAGUUAUCAGAGGUGCGCCCGUGCUCUUCAGCGGAGAAAAUCCCCUACCUGGCCUCUGGCCAUUUUCUGUGGGCUGUGGGGUCCCCAAGGAGACGGCCCUUGGACUCGGGGCUGCGUUUCCAAACGCGCCUUUCCCAGGGCUCCCGUGCCCGCUCCUGCCUGGCCGCCGGCCGCUCCAACACCAGCACAAGGCGGGACUCAGAACAGGAAUUCAGGGCCGCCAGUGGCCGCGGGGCUCUGAGAGGGGCUCCAAAGACGCGGACAGGCCCCGGCGGGUGGGAGGCGCGCGCCCGGGGUGGACAGGCGGGGCUCCCCCUACCGGCCAGACCCGGGGAACGGCGCGCGGAGGCUGCGAAGGUUCCAGAAGGGCCGGGAGGGGGCGUCGCGCGCUGACCCUCAAAGGGCACCGCUGGCGACGAUGGCGCUGCUCGCCUUGCUGCUGGUCGUGGUCCUCCCGCGGGUGUGGACAGACGCCAACCUGACUGCGAGACAGCGAGAUCCAGAGGACGCCAAGCAGACGGACGAGGGUGACAAUAGACUGUGGUGUCAUGUCUGUGAGAGAGAAAACACUUUCGAGUGCCAGAACCCAAAGAGGUGCAAAGAGACAGAGCCAUACUGCGUUAUAGCGGCCGUGACAACCCCUAGACCCGCAUUCCCAGUGCACAUGGACAGGCCAUACCACGCGGAAGCCAGCCCUUCCCUGAAGCAGUAUUCAACACACAGGACUGGCCCUCAUCCUCCCAACUCCCGCUUGGUGCCCCAAUUGAGUGUGCACCUUUGAGCAGGGCCGCCAGGGGUGAGGCCUUGACCCAGACAGAAAGGCCUCCGUGUCAGGCAUUGGAAUGGCAUGAUUGCCUUCUCUCGGUCUUUAUUUCUUAUUAGAAAUAUUUCCACGGUUUUUCAUGAUUUCGAAGCAGUGCUCCGCUAGUUGUGCAGCGAUUGAGAGACCCAAGCCAGAGGAGAAGCAGUUUCUCCUGGAAGAGCCCAUGCCCUUCUUUUACCUCAAGUGUUGUAAAGUUCGAUACUGCAAUUUAGAGGGGCCACCUAUCAACUCAUCAGUGUUCCGAGAAUAUGCUGGGAGCGUGGGUGAGAGCUGUGGUGGGCUGGGGCUGGCCGUCCUCCUGCUGCUGGCCUCCACUGCAGCCUGCCUCAGCCUGCCUUGAGCCAUGGGACUGCCAUGGGCUGAGCCUUCUGGAGCAUGGACUCACUCCAGACCGUUGUCACCUGUUGCAUUAAACUUGUUUUCUGUUGAUUA